CAGCUGGCAGACAUUUAAAAAGGAGACAGUCCGGCGCUGCAGCAUUUUGUAUUGAAACUCCAGCCGCUUUCUAUGGAAUCGUUAACGACUCCAGACUCCCACCAACGCGCGCCCCGUCUGCAGUACCACAGUCUCCACCAUUAGCUGCCUAUUGCCUCGGGAGAUUUCAUAAAAACACCCACCACAGAUAAUUUCAUUUGCGGCUACUUGGAGCUUUUGACAGGAUGGCCAGAUCGGCGCGUAUCCUCUGUGGCAUGGUUUUCGUCCUUGGGCUGCUGUCAUCUCCAGUGGAUUCCAAACGGAUCAGGGGCUCCCAAGGCGCCAUCCCUCAUCCUGACAAAAACAACCCAAACGAAUCGGAGCAGCAACCACAGACACCGCAGGCGGGCUCUGGUUCCCGAGGGCGGGGAAAGAGCUCUGCUGCACCGGCUGAGGAGGUGCUGGAGUCCAGCCAAGAAGCGUUGCAUGUCACCGAGCGCCGCUAUCUGAAACGCGACUGGUGCAAGACCCAGCCACUCAAACAGACCAUCCACGAGGAGGGCUGCAUCAGCCGCACCAUCAUUAACAGGUUCUGCUACGGACAGUGUAAUUCUUUUUACAUCCCCAGACAUGUCCGCAGGGAAGAGGGAGCCUUCCAGUCUUGUUCAUUCUGCAAGCCGAAACGAUUUACAACCAUGACCUACACUUUGAACUGCCCGGACCAGCAGCCACCCACCAAGAAGAAGCGCAUCCAGCGCGUAAAGCAGUGCCGCUGCAUCUCCAUAGAAUUGGACUAGCCAUGUGGUGUGAUUGACCGGGAUGCAGCCAAUAAGUCUGCUCAUCAAACCGCUAUUGGAUUGCUCACAUGAACGAAAAAACCCAUAUGACUGACUGGGAGCAUAUUUCCCUCUUCCAAAUAUGGGAAAAUGUUCAAUCUGCAAGGAAAGUAAUAAAUUAAAAACAUGUGCAUCCCAUGUUAUAUAUAGGCUUGUGUAGAUAGGCCUAUACGUGGGCAUACUAUUUUGCAAACAAAGCCUGCUGUACCAUAUAUUUUAUGUGUUAAAUGUUGUAUUAAUCAAAUUCCAAUAGCAGCCUGUGGCAAGCAACGUUUCAUGGUAUAAUAACAUGGAAUGAACACAACAAGCUGCCGAUUGACUUGUAACCAAGCGCACGGCUUUUCCAACCUCCGCAAAUAGGACUGCAGAACCGUUUCACAGAGGAUGUUUACACUCUUUUGGACAGAAACAUCCUUAGGCAAUCACAACAAAUGUCAAUGGAAGGGAAUAUGACGGACAAUGCAUUUAAAUAAUGGUUGAAGACUAGUUUCCACUAUGUGGAAUUUGAAGAUAAGUGACGACUAUUUAAUGUGGCAAGAAUGCUCCACUGAUUUGUGACUCCAAUGUUCAAUAUAGCCUAGUGGAGAAAAGAUAGCUUUUGUAAAGUAUGCUAGGCCUAUACCUAUGUUCCACGCUAUAAAUCGAAACAAACAAAAUGUUUGUAUUAGUUUGACAUUUAAAUAAAAAUGGUCGAUGUUCACUGAAUGUAUAAAGCAUUAUGAACACCUGCUCUUUCCA